UUAGCCUCUUGGGGUUUACCAGAGGAAGCGCGCUGCGCGAGCAGCAUGCGUUUUCAUUUGGGCUAAAGACGAGUUUGUCCCUGCCAUUUUUGUAAGAUCGUAACCAAAGAGAGCAAACGCCCCUCCCCUCGAGCUUCAGCUAAACCCUCUCUCUCUCUUCCUUGUGCUUGAGUGAUAAGGAACUUCCUCUGAGAACUCUUACUUGGGGUUAGAGAGAGAUGCAAGUCUAUUCUAAUGGGCGCCUGUUAAAAUCCCUGAGAAUCCCCAUUUUCAAUCUUGGGGACUCUCUUUUCUCGGAGCUUGAUCAGAGUCUUCAUGCUUCUUGGAAAUGGCAGCAGCCCAAACGCUCCACUUUCCGAAGCCCAUUUUCACCGAGUCAAGAUCAACAUUUGCAAAAGCUUUCUCUAUGCCCUAAAAUUACAGGGAGCCAUUUCAGCACAGAGGCAAAGAAAGAAAGUGAUAGUCCUACAGAUGUUGUAAAGGACCUGUAUGAUAAGAUGUUCAAAUCUGUGGAGGCGGAGACCAUGCCCCCUAAUGCUUGGCUGAGAUCACUCGUGGACAACUGUCAAAGCAAGGAAGAUGUGAAGCUUCUUUUUCAAAUGCUUCAGAAUCUCCGGAGAUUUAGAUUGUCAAACCUUCGCAUCCAUGCAAACUUCAACCCAAAUAUUUGCUUGAAAGUUGCUGAGGCAUGUGCUCGUUCUGGUGCCUUCGAACUUGGACAGAGAACCAUAUGGAAGCACAAUAUUUAUGGAUUGACACCAAGCAUUGGGUCUGCUCACUCUUUAUUGCUGUAUGCUAAAGAGAAAAAUGAUGCUAAUUUAAUGGAAAAGAUUCUCCAAAUCAUGAAAAGGAACUCUUUAGAGCUGCAUCCCACCACAGCAGACAUAGUCUUCAGCAUAUGUUACAACACCAAUAGAUGGGAUCUCAUCUCAAAGUUUUCUAAGAAAUUCAUUAAGAGAAGAUUGAAAUUGCACAGAACAGCAUUUGACGUAUGGCUGGAGUUUGCUGCAAAUUUAGGACGUUCUAAAAGCAUCUGGAAAAUAGAGGAGCUGAGGUCAAAAUCUGGGAAGCCUCAUACUCCUUCAAGUGCAUUUUCAUGCGCCAAGGGUUAUCUCCUGGAAAAUAAGCCUGAAAAUGCAGCUGCCAUCAUCAGUUUGGUUAAUCAGGAGUUGCCAGAAGCAAAGAAGCCACAGUUGGAAUUAGAACUUCAGAAGCUGAUAACCAACUGGUUUUCAAAGGUGGUAGACCUAGUAGGGAAAGAAGAGAGCAAGGCUCAAGCCAUAUCCUUGAGAAAUGAUAUCUGUGCUAUGGUUGAGGCUCUAUUGAGCUCGGGGUACGAGGUAGAAGUAAGCUUGGACAAACUGAGAUGGGAAGAAGAUGGUGUUACCUCCUAGCAAGGUUCAUGUAUACUGUUUCUAAUGUGAAUGAGAGAGAGAGAGAGCAGCAAGCCUUUGUUUUUGAUGGAGAUGCCCCCAAGCUUCUCUGAAAUUCUCUACCUGGUCUGGGACUGUCUUUUUGUUUUGUUUGAUGUUUCGUAUUCCUCCUCUUUUUUAUUUCUGAGGGAUAGGCAUGAAGAAGCCAUGCUUCCUGGUCAAAGCCUAACAAGACAUAAUUUUAUUCAUGCCAUAUAAAAAAAAAUAUAUUUGAGCCCUUUGGAGUACUUGCUACCUCUCGCGAAAUAAUGUGUUGUAUCAGGUCUGAUCUUUUCUUUUUAAAAACCGUCAACGAUGAACAACAAACAUUUGAGCUCCUAGUCU